UUAGAACAUGUUAGCGCUAGAGCACACAUGCAAAGGGAACAUUUUGUUUACCCAGGUGUAGCAGUGUGGUUUUCUAUUGUAACUCCAUAAUUAACUGGGAGUCAGGCCACAUAAAUGAUAAGAAUAAGAACAGAAGACGGCUGGCAGUGGAGACUCCAGUUUUGUUUACGUCUCUCUCUACGUAUGCAUGACAAAGAUAAAUAAAUCAAUAAGUCCUUGAAGAAUACCUUUGUUCCAUUUGUAGGUUGUUGUGGAGGCACAAAUUAAUUUACAUGUGAUUUACUAAUUCUGUCUGUAAUGAGCAACAGCUGUGACAUUCCCUAUAUACUGUACUACACCCACAAUCUGAUUACAUUAUGUCAACAUGCAAAUCUGAGAGGUCAAGACCUGUUCGUUACAAUGCUCUACACUUCAGGUUCUGGGCCUGGGAACACAGCAGAAGUUUUGGGUGGUAUAAUGGACAAUGGAUAAUGCCAUACACACCGCUAGAGGGCGCCGCUUGCUCACACAGUGCUGACUGAAGCACUGAAUGCAGAAACCCAGCCUUUUAAGGAUUAGUAAUCGCACAAGGCCAAAUUGAGAUAUCAAUCUUAAUUGAAUCAAUCAUGCUGCAUUAAUGGACAUCAAACCAAUGUCUAAGAAGUCAAAGUCUGCUGGUUUCAAAGCGUUUUGGAUGGUUUCCCUCAUGUAGUAGGCAGCCUAUAAGAUAUCUCUCAGUACUCUGACUCUAAAUGUGAAGAGUGAAAAGGUCUACACCAGACAUGGAGUACCUAUCUCUGUGACAGGCAUUGCCCAGGUGAAGAUCCAGGGGCAGAAUAAAGAGAUGCUGGCCACAGCCUGUCAGAUGUUCAUGGGGAAGUCUGAGACUGAGAUCGCUCAGAUUGCCUUGGAGACACUUGAGGGUCACCAGAGAGCCAUUAUCGCUCACCUUACUGUGGAGCUUUAUGUUCACUUGAUCAGUAUUCUGGUCUCCAUCCCUACUCACAGUAUCACUUCCCUGAUCCCCAACACUACAGUAUCACUGCCUCCAUCUCCCUGCAUUCCAUCACUAUUCAGCUCUUCCUCAUCAUCUUCCUCUCUGCACUCUCUCUCUCACUACUUGAAGAACCUGAUGGAGAUCUAUCAGGACCGUAAAAAGUUUUCAGAGCAAGUAUUUAAGGUAGCCUCCUCUGACCUGGUCAACAUGGGGAUUGGUGUUGUCAGCUACACACUCAAAGAUGUUCAUGACGAUCAGGAUUAUCUAAUCUCGCUGGGUAAAGCUCGUACCGCUCAAGUGCAAAGGGAUGCUCGUAUCGGUGAAGCUCAGUUCAAGAGAGAUGCUGUCAUCAAGGAGGCUCAUGCCAUGCAGGAGAAGGUCUCUGCUCAGUAUAAGAAUGAGAUUGAGAUGGCUAAAGCCCAGAGAGACUAUGAGCUGAAAAAAGCUGCCUAUGACGUUGAGGUCAACACUAAGAAGGCAGAGUCUGAAAUGGCCUAUCAGCUUCAGGUGGCUAAGACAAAGCAGCGUAUUGAAGAGGAGAAGAUGCAGGUUCAGGUUGUUGAGCGCACGCAGCAGAUCACUCUACAGGAGCAGGAGAUCACUCGCAGGGAGAAAGAGCUGGAAGCUAAAAUCAGGAAACCAGCUGAGGCUGAGAGAUACCGUAUCGAGAAGCUCGCUGAGGCAGAACGACUUCAGUUGAUCAUGGAGGCAGAAGCUGAGGCAGAGUCCAUCAGAAUGAGAGGUGAGGCUGAAGCCUUUGCAAUGGAGGCAAAGGGUCGUGCUGAGGCUGAGCAGAUGUCCAAAAAGGCUGAAGCUUUUAAACAGUACAAAGAGGGAGCCAUGGUGGACAUGCUGCUGGAGAAACUCCCACUGAUGGCAGAAGAGAUCAGCAAGCCACUCUGUGCAGCCCAGAAGGUUACCAUGGUGUCCAGCGGAGGAUCAGAGGUUGGCGCAGCUAAGCUGACAGGAGAAGUUCUGGAAAUCAUGACUCACCUGCCGGCCACAGUGGAGAAACUGACUGGAAUCAACAUCUCACAGGUUUCCUCAACCCGCAUGGGCUAAUGUAGUUCAUGGAGAAGGAAUCAGACCUGAUCAUCUCUGAGGAUGGAUCUCAGCUCCUCCUGUCUAUGUAUGCAUGUCUGUGGUAGUACUAAAUCUGGAACCUUGAGGUUAAUGUAGUUAGUUUUUGUUUUGUUUUUUGUAAUCCACCUUAUAAUGUUUGAUUUUUUUUUAAUUUUUAUAUAUAUAUAUAUAUAUAUAUAUAUAUUCUGUUUUGUGAAUUACAGUAUAUUAUAUAAUCAUAUGUGGUAUAAUUAAAGGGAUAGUUUGCCCAAAAAUGAAAAUUUUUGUAGGUCUAAAAAGCACAGAUAGUCAGCAUAAAAGAAAUCCAUCCUUUCUCCAGCAUUAACAUUAAUGUCUUCUAAAGCGAAUCGAUCACUUUAUGUGUGAAAAAGAAUGACAUUUAAGCACUUUUAACUAUAAAAGAUCACUUCCAGUCAGUUGUUGACGAAUGGCCAAAUUUACCCAAGUGCUCCAAGCGCAUUGUGCUUUUUGGACCUACAAAUUUCUAAUCAUCAUCCUCUCACAUUCUAAGGACCUGCUGAGCCUGGAUCUUUUUCUACAAAUCUUCAAAAGUGUUUUGCAGACGAAAGAAAGUCAUACACAUCUUAGAUGGCAUAAGGGUGAGUAAAUUAUCAGAGAAUUUUCAUUUUUGGAUGAACUAUCCCUUUAAGUGGAGUAAUUUGUCUGCUUUAGAGCCUCUAUCAGUGUGAAUAUUCAGGGAUUCAGGAGUAUCGAUUAUCUUACAUUUGUGAAUAAUUUCUAUAUUUCCAUCUGUUUGGUUAGAGCCACAAGCCUGUUAAUUUUGGUUCAGUUUCUUCCAAAAACCAAUGUGCAUUUAUGGCCAAUCCAUGUAAAGAAGUGCAUUACUAAAUCCUCAGUACACAUGCAUGCUGCCUUACAUAUCCAGAUGAAAGCCAAGACCGAACACUGUAAUGUAACUCUUUACUCUUGCCAUUUUAAACCUCUCUAUGACUGUUUACUGUAGCUGCAUUGAAGUCCACUCUCAGAAUAUGUUAUGAGAGAAAAUAUCAUUUAAUACAGGGUGAAUACUCUACCUUCUAUUUUUAUAUUGGUAAAUUAUAUGGAAUAUAGUAAGUUUCAGUUACUCUUCAGACAGGUCUCUGUGUGCUUAGUUCUGUCUGUUCUGUGGUUUGUGAAGGGAUUUUACAGAAGGUUGAAAAGUGAGAGGGGGUGGGAAGUGAAUAAAAAGUGAAUAAAAUAAAGCUAUUGUUUUUUGAAUUUUGAUGAAUAUACAGAUAAGAGAAGAAUAGAAUGAGGUUUUGUUUUUAAUGCAGGCUACAAUCAUGUCUCUGUGCCCACAGAAACUCCAGUUUAGGGUGAUGUUGGUUUAAUUUUUUCAUUUCUUUUUUCAGUGGGUGCAGAAAAAGUGAGCACGUCUUUUUUUUUUUUUUUUUUUUGCAUUUUUCUCUGUAGUUUAGUGGAAGGUAUCACCAUUACCAAAGGUAAUCUUUUGCAUCUCCAGUUUAAAGAGAUAGUUCACCCAAAAUGAGAAUUAUGUUAGCAUUUACUCACCCUCAUGUUGUUCUAAACCUAUUUAACUUUUUUUAUUUUAUUUUUUUACAUUGAACACAAAAGAUGUUAGUCAGAAUGGAAGUUAAUGGUGACUGAGGUUAACAUUCUGCCUAACAUAUUUUGUGUUCCACAGCAGAAAGAAAGUCAUUUGGAACAACAUGAGGGUGAGUAAGUGAUGACAGAGUUUUCAUUUUUGGGUGAACUGUCCCUUUAAGCCUUCGCUCCUCACAAAGUGCCUGAAAAACACUGUUUACAUCCUCACUGAAUCAAACUGACAUCUGUCUGCUAUGGUCUCUAGCUGUCUGGUGUUUGACAGUUCUGUGAUGUGUCAUCUGAUAUUUCCUGGCCUUAAUGACUCAUUUUCAGAAUAUUGAAUCAUUUGCUAUUCGUUUGUUUUCAUUGGGUUAAAGCAUUGGGUCUAAUUGUUCUGUUUUAUAUAUGUCAAAGUAGCUCUGCAUUUGCCUCACUGUAUGUUCAAUGGUGAUGUUUUCACCUUUAAACUGUUAAUCUGUAUAUCCAGGCUGACAUUACAAUAUAUGUAUUAUAUAAUAAUAACAAUAAUUAGGGAGUAUCAGAAUACAUGUUACAGUGUUGUUAAGUUCUCUGUCCUAUUCUAAUUACUGUUCUCAGUUCUACUGGUUAGUUCUAAUAUAUCAUCAAAAUUAUAAGUUUAGUAGUCCAUUAUUCAUCAACAAUUUUUUUUUUUUUUUUUUUUUUUUUAUGGUUGUAUGUUGCAACAAAUGUUGCAUCAUCUCUAAAGAACUGACUAUUUAGGGGAAGUUGUGGUUGAUGAAGUUAAAGGAAGAAAAAGACUAACAGACAGAAAAUGUCUGGUAAACAUCAUGAAUGUUUUUUGGGAUUGAUAAUUUGUUACCUACUAAUUCGGGGUAAACACAUUUCUAUAUGGUGUUUAAGAUAUCUGUGAAAGAGGUAUAUUUAAGAAUGCAUCUAUACACAUUUAAUUGAUUUAAUAGAACUGGUCUGGCAUAGAGUCUCAGUUUAAGCUUGCUGACAUCCAUGUCAUUGUCUUAAAGUCUUGUGGUGUUUGGAACAUACUGUGUUAAUCCUGAAUGUACUAAACUUGGCAUAUGUUCAUGUCACACUCUCACUCAAAAGUCUGCUUCAAAAUUUUGUUCAUGUUAAGAGGGAUUUGAACACCUCUAGAAAAGAUUUACUGUUGCCUGCCUAAAGCAAGGAACUCCGUAUUUCAGUAUGUGAGUGUUUUGUGUUUUCAUUCAUUAAUAGCAUAAUGAACAUCCAAAUGUUCUGUGUGUCAGGUAUCAAUGUAGUGUAAGACACUCAUGUGUUCUGCAAUUUUGCCCUGUAAUAAUGCUCUUUCUGACUGCAUCUCAAAUACAUGGAACUAUAAUAA